AUGAGUGUAAAGAUUCUUGAAAAGUCUGUGGCACUUUUUAAAUCCCCAAGUGAAGGAGAGUCAGAUUUAUUUGUGACUGAAUUACAACAAAAGAAUCUGAAUGUAUUUGUUGUCCCUGUAUUGUCAUUUGCAUUCACCAACAUUAACGUCCUGUCCAAUAAAUUGACGGAUGCUAAAACAGAUGAUUAUGGUGGCAUCAUUUUCACCAGUCCUCGGUCAGUAACAGGAUUCUCUAUUGCCUGUCAGCAGGCUGAGAAAGGACCUAAGAAAUCUUCGCUUGGAGAUUGGAGGAAAUUGAAAUGUUUUGUGGUUGGAAAAAGCACAGCUUCUGCAGCAACUGCUGCUGGCUUCAAGAAUAUGAUGGGCCAAGAAUGUGGGAAUGCUGAAAAACUUGCCGAAUUGAUUAUCAAUGGACAUCUGACAUGUUCCCUGCCUCUCCCUAUUUCUUUAUUUCUCUCUCUUCCCUGCCUCUCCCUAUUUCUUUAUUUCUCUCUCUUCCCUGCCUCUCCCUAUUUCUUUAUUCUCUCUUCCCUGCCUCUCCCUCUUUUAUUUCUCUCUCUUCCCUGCCUCUCCCUAUUUCUUUAUUUCUCUCUCUUCCCUGCCUCUCCCUAUUUCUUUAUUUCUCUCUCUUCCCUGCCUCUCCCUAUUUCUUUAUUUCUCUCUCUCUUCCCUGCCUCUCCCUAUUUCUUUAUUUCUCUCUCUUCUGCCUCUCCCUAUUUCUUUAUUUCUCUCUCUUCCCUGCCUCUCCCUAUUUCUUUAUUUCUCUCUCUUCCUGCCUCUCCCUAUUUCUUUAUUUCUCUCUCUCUUCCCUGCCUCUCCCUAUUUCUUUAUUUCUCUCUCUCUUCCCUGCCUCUCCCUAUUUCUUUAUUUCUCUCUCUUCCCUGCCUCUCCCAUAAAAUUCGAAGGGAUCAUCUUCCUGACCGCUUGAAGAAGCAUGAUAUCUCAGUUGAUGAGUUGGCCAUCUAUGAAACAUUGCCAAAUCCAGAAUUACAGAUGGACAUUGAUGGCAUCCUUCGGGAUAAGAAAGGUCAAUCAGAAUACUUGGUCUUUUUCAGCCCAUCAGGUGUAAAUAAUUCCUUGCAGUAUCUCAAGCCUCCCAGAUGGGAUCUAACCAAAUCAAAGAUCAUUGCUCUUGGGCCAAGCACAGAAAAAGAACUCCAGCAGAAAUCUGUGGAAUAUUCUAUCUAUCUAUCUAUCUAUCUAUCUAUCUAUCUAUCUAUAUAUAUAUAUAUGUAUGCAUGUUUGUAUGUAAUUAUCUAUCUAUCUAUCUAUCUAUCUAUCUAUCUAUCUAUCUAUCUAUAUUACGAAAUGGACUAA